CUUCAAUUAAUGCGACUCCAAAAGCUCUUUCGUCGGAAAAAGGCGAAUUGAUCUUUCCAGCUGCUUGUGAUUCACAGCUCGGAUCCCACGCUUGAAGCCUUUUUAAAGAACUCGCAGAAAGGCUCGUUGGUUUGAAGGCUUGAAGUAAAGCACCAAUGCCGGAAAAAGGAGCGAAUUCCGUCUCCAAGCCAGUGAUUUUCAGGCCAAGCUUAUAGUUUCCGAUGCGUUUCCCGAUACUAACAGUGGCUAUUUUCCUGGGAAUGCUGUUCAUUUGGGGCAUCGAUGCAUCGACUAUCAAAUAUAGCAUCAAGGCUUGGCGGUUGCGGAACCGGAGAGAUUAUUUGGCCCUCAAGCUUGAAAGCCUAGAAAAUCUGACCCACUACACUUUCCAUGGUAUUUUCAAUGUUAUACAGAUCCAUCGAAAAGUUUGAACAAAGCACCGAGAAUGCCUCAUCUUGGUUGGAUUUCCGUCGAAUCGAAACCAGACUUCACAUCGAAUCUGCUAUCUAGAUGGUUACCUCCUCCUCCAAGGGAUGGAAAGAAACUGAAUGAGAGAGAGAGAGAUUUCUGAGUCGAAGGGUUAGUUCUGAUUGUUAGGUAAGAUGCCUGUGAGAAUGGUGGAGAGCUCGGCACCGUCUCAAGUUUCAGCUAGGUACUGAUGGAAGAAGAAGAAGAAGCCUAAUAAUGAUGGAUAAUUAUGUCUUUUUGUAUCUUGAAAACUAACACCAGUCUAACGGUGUCAAUUUUAUGAGUUUAAAUGUAAUUUUCUGAUUUCGGGGAUGAUGUAAUUUGGGCAAACCCCAGGGAGUAUGAUGUAAAUCACCCUUAUUAUUAAACUGUUUUGGGGGAUUAAAAAAGGCUUAAUUAUUAGUUAGCAUUACAUCAACGAAGGUACUCAUCGUUUACAGGUCAACGGUGGAAGCCUAGAAAAUGUGAAACGAGGAUCAUUUCGCCUCGUCCAAUCAGUUAAACCUCCCGACCCCGACCUCGUCGCCCCUUCUCUCAACAGUGUCGUCUGUUUCUCACCAAUUCUAGCUUUCCCAGUAAUGGAGGUACAGUGGCUUCUAGUAUGCCAUGGCUUAAUCACACUCUUGGUGGUUGUUUCGUUCCUUUGUGGUCAGUGGCCAAUCUUUCAGGGGACUUUCAUCGAACGCAUUCACUACUUUCUCACUUUCGGUGCUUACGAUUAUUUCUUGAGAUUUGUUGGGGUUAUUUGUGGUUCGAGAGGCACGGAUGCGUUGCUCUCUGUGGAGUUUUACUGCUGUGAUCGACCCAAUCCAAUUUUACAGGUACUAUAUCUGUCAAUACUUGGGGCAACAUAUUAUUUUGUUGCUAAGUCAUCCUUUAAAUAUAUUCCUGGUUAUUAUCUUAGUGAAAUACACAGGUACAUAAGCUUCUUGGCAGGAGGUGUGGGGAUUCUACUCUUCAUAUUGACUAGCUUUUCUGAUCCGGGAACAGUGAAAGCUGAGAAUGUUUCUCUAUAUAUUGCUGCUUAUCCAUAUGACGAUAUUUUAUACACUGAGAAGGAAUGUUCCACUUGCAAGAUUCAAAAACCUGCUAGGUCCAAGCAUUGCAGCAUAUGUAAUCGUUGUGUUGCACGAUUUGACCAUCACUGUGGAUGGAUGAAUAACUGCAUAGGAGAGAGGAAUACUCGGUACUUUAUGGCUUUCCUUCUCUGGCAUUUCCUUCUUUGUUUAUAUGGGACAGUUGCCCUUGGAUUGAUUCUUGCUGGCCGAUUGAAAGACUUGAAGGUCAUCUACGUUCUUACAGUUUAUUAUGGCAUUGAAAAUUCAUUUUACAGUUUAUUUCCACAUGUUGUACAGUGGUUGUUAAGUUCCUAUAACACACAAAUACUUCUCAUGGUCUUCCUGGCCAUUGUUUCUUUGUUACUGGUGGGAUUCUUUGGGUACCACGCUCAUUUGUGCCUUACAAACACAACAACGAAUGAGACCUUCAAGUGGCAAGACUAUUUAAGUUGGAAAAAGAAAAUAAAUGAAGCAAAGGUAAGUGCUGAAGCACUGAAGGCCAGUAUCAGCGAGAUGAGCAAAGACAGGAAGCCUCCAGAAAGCAAAUGGAAGGCCUUCUUUCGGAGAUCCCCCCUUGAAGAAGUAGAGGAGGUUGUCAAAAACAAUAUGUAUGACAAAGGAGCCUUUCACAAUCUUAAUGAGAUAAUAUUUCCCUUAUCAACAAGGAGAUCAUUUUCACACACAGAGUCAAAAUUGGACUAGGAAUGCAUUAUAGGUAAACUGCUGUUUUCUAUUAUGUUUCAUAUUGGAAGGUGGUUGAUGGCCUGCUCUAACAAAUUUUGUACUUAGAUAGCUUGAUGAUAGGGUUUCAAAUGGAGGAUGUACAAUUGCACUAUUGGUGCAGUACUUGGGAUAUGUCCUGUCCCAAUGUUAGAUUAUUGAUUUGAUGGUUCAAAUGGAUUGGCAAUAUGCUAUAAUAUUUGUUGUAUUGUAAGAUUGACAAUGCAGAUUCUUCUUGAUUAUAAAGGUUACACAAAUUUUUGUA